AUGAUAACACAAGGAUGGGAUACGCUUUACUGUCGUAGUGGUCAAUCGCAUAUCCCGGAAACUCGAAUUCCCUCUUUAUGUCCGUCAUCCAGCGUCUCUUGCGGUUAUUUCGAAUUUGAAAAAAUAUUAUUACCGGGAAAUAAAGAAGAAUCGUUAGGGAUCUAUGAAUGUAUCGAUUCCAGCAUUCUUAUGCCUGAUAAUGAUGAUAAUGAUGAGAUAAAGCAGUUACUAUUUUCGAAAUAUUGCGAUGACCAGGCACGUUGUCGAGAGAUAAUGCUUUCUUCACUCAAUCCCGAAUUUGUUAAAUAUUUAAUUAGACGAGGUGACGAUAGAUAUCUAAACACAAGGGUUGACGAUAAUUUACAACGACUAUUAAUGACAAAGCGAAUCAAAUUUUGUUGCGCCAUAAAUGAUCAUCUUCUCCAAAAAAUUAUACAAUUUGAUGAUUAUGUUCUUCCUACAUUAGCACCUCCCGAACCAGUCAUCUGCAACAAUGUUCGUUGUCGAGGUGCACCAAUUGGAUGUCUCAGUUAUUCAAUUGAAAAAUACAACCGAACACAACAAUCGGAAGAAGAAGAUGUCGUAUUUGUACAACCUGUGCAUAUUAAUUACGAGGAUUAUACAAUGGUUUCAUCACAUUCUCUAAACAACAAGUAUAUGAUGAAGUAUACUACUGAAUAUCAUUGUGUUUAUCGACAUUUCAAUGAUGAAAUGUAUCGAUACUGUUUGCUGAUACAUGAUCAGUUGUCCAAUAAUAAUCAUUGCUUCUAUGGUGAUGGUUAUCAGAUAUGCUGUUGUUUCCUUCACAGAGGAGCUCGAACUUGUGAUCCGUUAUCAGCAGAAACGAUAAUGAGGAUAUCUGCAGAAGUUCCUGAAAUUGUCCCUAAUAGAUCAACAGUAUCUCUGCAUACUUAUAAUGCAGAUGUUAAGAUUAAACUUCGUACUAGGUUUUCUAUAUUUUUCGGAAAUUAG